AUGCAGAUUGGAAAGCACCAUGGUCCCCUAUCGAAGGGGACAAUUUGGACGAUAUUGUCUGUCUGUCUUCUUUUCAUGUUCACUACACUAAUCUUAGUCAUUGUAGCUACAGCUGGUUCAACCGCAAACUACAAGCCCUUAACGAAUAUAUAUAUCGGUGAGGCCGAUAUCAAACACAUCAAUGUGAGCAAGGUAAUCCCUCAGAUUGGUCCUAUUUUGACCAUACUGGGGUCGGCUUUGACGGCUCCGAACAGCUCCUUGGAUGACAUUUUUGGGGCGAUGAAGAAUAUUGCGGAUACUCCAGCACUAACGCCGUUAUUAACGCUUCUGUCUAAUGCUGAGAACACCACUGUUACUAUCGAAUCAUUGACCGAGUUGGCUCCUUUAGCCAUCAGCGGGAAUCCGGCUUCCAGCACCAGACAGUUGACUGAGAUUAAUGGGUUGCUGAAGUAUUCAGACAAUUCUACUGAAACCCUGGAUGGGCUAUCGAAAUUGGUCUCUGCUUCACUGUCUUCGGGGAGCUCUAACUCUUCCAGUGAUUCCACUACUUUAGUUCUGGAUCUGUUAGAAGAUUCCGACAACCCACAAAAUUCCACAGAUGCAUUACUAGCUCUGAAUAAUUUGACAAUGUCAGAAAAGGCGCAAUUAUUGCCGGUUUUUAGACUUUUCGCUCUGUCUACGAAUCAAACGGCUACACUGACAGCCCUGGCGAGCUUAAUGAAUACUACAGUUCCGUCCUCUUUGGCCCAAACAUUAUUAUCCCAAUUGCAAAACACAAUCUCGAAUGGCGGAUCGUUGAAUAGCACAUUUAGUGCUUUACAACCGCUAGUUCCACAGGCCAAUGCCCCUGCAUUUGGUGCAGUGCAGCUACUGUUAAACACAACUACGUCUUCGAACCAGACUCUGAGCACCCUGUCCGAUCUACUGGAAAACAACGUUACUCAGUCAUCAUCAGCACAAAAGGCGUUUGCUGCCUUGAGCCAAUUGAUGAGUAAUUCAAGCAACUCAACCAUGGUCGUCACUUCCGUCCAAUCCUUGGCUGCAGUGACAAACACCACCCAAUCUACCCAACAACUAAUUGGACUGGAUGCAGUGAUAAGCUCCUCAAGUAACACCAACGAGACUUUGUCGAUCUUGUCAGAAUUACAAUCUGGACUAUCCGGUAACUCAAGCAGUACAAAAUACAUCCCAUAUUUGUUUAAUCUUUUGGGAGCAUCUAAUAAUCCUAAAACGACAUUCUCAUCCUUGGUAACGCUAACAUCAUGGGCUCAAGAAAACCCUCAGACCUUCUUACCCAUUUUGGAUAUCCUAGCAGAUGCUAAGUCUGUCCAACCAAUCUCUGCAGAAGAACUAAACGCCAUGACACCGAAUAUUUUGGAGUAUUUGAAGAUUCCGAUAUACUACCGUUUGUCCAUUUUCACGCUAUGUCACGCCAACUUGGAAAAUAAAAUCCUAGAUUGCAACUCCCCACAUGCUGUACAAAACUUAGAUUUUAGAUCUAUUAUCUAUGACGCGUUAGUUACAUCAGAUUUCCAGCCAUACUUGAACGCUCUGAACAUUACCGCCAAUGAUCUAUACUUGGAAGGGAAACUACUACACAGAGAGCACCAAUAUGUGCCAGCAGUGAGAUCUGUUUUGGCUUUGAACCUAUUGGCAAUCAUCUUCUCCUUCUUUACCAUGAUUUUUAUCAUAUUACUGUAUUUUAACAGAUACAUGUUUAAACAACCACUGUGGCUAAUUGCCCUAGCUUUACACGUUUGUGUUGGUGUAGCCACGAUAUUGGCGGCUAUUAUCAUAUCCGUUAUGAUUGCCAUCAUAAAGAGUGGUACCGCUGAUGACAAAUAUGGUGUUGUAUUUAAAGCUGGCCCCGCUUAUGCGGGGCUGAUUUGGACUGCUUUCGCAUUGUCCUUUAUCGCUACAGGAUUGAUAAUUUACACAUGGUGGAGGAACAGGCGGGGUGGUCGCUAUAUGUCCGGAACCGUAAUGGAUAGACAGGGCGGCGAAAAGUACACAUAUGGAGAUGGGGCUGCCAUUUCAACACAGCAUCACUUGGAUGAUGAUGAUGAUGAUUAUGAAGCUGGUGCCGAAAAGAAUGCCAAUCGUAAUGAAAUAACAGCUAUUGAGGGCAGCAGCUCUACCAAUAAUACUGAUAUCGAUGGAAGCAUAGGCGAUAGAAUGGAUCUAAGUCGCCCUGAAGUAGCUCCAAACGUUUCAAAUGGACCUACCGUUAUUAAUAACGAGCAUGUAAUAGCUUAA